CAGUAAUGCACGUAAAGCCGUCUGCUAAGCGCCAUAAAACCACACAGAAGGAAAGGAAGAAAGCGGUAGAAGGACGAAGACGAGUCUUCAGUGUAAACAUGACAGUGGCGAGAAGGCUUGAGCUACAGAGAACUGUACCUGUCAGUCCCAUUUAAUGAUGCCCUUUCAUUAAAGAUGGGAGGCAGUGGAUCCAAAGCUAAAGGAGUCUGGCCUUUUACUGGCUCAGGGUCCAGUGGAGAAUGUCCUGAUGUCAGCGAUCAGUCUUUAGCCCGAAUGUGUGGCUACAAAAAUGCAACCCCGUUUGUCUUUACAAGGAGGAGACUGUUGAGGAGAAAUGUGCUGUGUGCUUGCAGCUCUUUGUAUUUCGAUGAGGAUGGAGAUCUGGCUCAUGAAUUCUACGAGGAGACGGUGGUGACUAAAAACGGGCGGAAGAAGGCUAAGCUGAAAAGGAUCCACAAGAACCUCGUACCUCAGGGGAUUGUGAAACUGGAUCAUCCACGGAUCCAUGUUGACUUCCCAGUCAUUAUUUGUGAAAUAUAACAACGCAGAUGUGUAUCAUGUUUCACCAAUCCAACUUUUCACCUCUCCACUGCAAUCCUGUCUGUGCUAAUGGGCAUUAGUGGCUCCCAGUAUCAUCAUACUUGUUUCAUUUGGAGUGUGAGCCAGACUGCCCUCAUGUGGUUGGAGGGAUGUGCAGCAGCUGUUCUUAUCUACAGAGGAAAUUUCUCAGUGGUGUGAUGUACUAUCUUUAACAGUAGGCUAAAUUGGAGGACCGUUUGUCUCGUUUGUGUACUGCGAGUCAGAAAAUGCAUUCCUGUAAACGGAGUGAAUGCAGAGGACUAAAGUGCAGGGGUUAUAUUUUCGCUGACUGAGCAUUGCAUGUCUUAUUUUGUUGUGUUGUAUACAACUCUUCUGUAUACUGUCUGCUUCUGUAUGUUGUAUUUAAGCCCAGACUUUCACUAAUAAAUUUUUGAUGUACAGUUA